AUGUCCCAGACAUUCACCGUCGCCGAGGUCGCCAAGCACAAGGACGAGAAGGAGGGCAUGUACAUCAUUAUUGAUGGCGGAGUCUACGACGUUGCCAAUUUCCUCGAGGACCACCCUGGCGGCGCCAAGAUCCUCAAGCGCGUGGCCGGUAAAGACGCCUCCAAGCAGUUCUGGAAGUACCACAACGACAAGGUCCUGGAGAAGUACGGCGGGAAGCUGAAGGUCGGGACCGUCGCCGAGAGCGCCAAACUGUGA